GACUGUUUGAAUUGAGCUACGUAACCAAUUUACAUUUGCUCGCUUGAUUUGUACUGUGAUGUAGUGUAUAAUUAUCUGCAAUAGCUUUGUACGUGGCUUUCAGCGUGUUUGCCAAGUAAAUAAAUCGAAACUGUUCUUAAAAUGUCAGAGUAUUCCACGGAUUCGCUAGAGGAUGCUAAAGAAAUCUCGUCAAGGAAUCAGAGUUCUUUACACGGAAAGUGUAAAAGUGGAUCUAACCUAAAGCCAACUAAAAUCUAUAUCGGAUCUAAUGAAACUACGCCGAAUACCCACAAAGACACCGGGACAGCCAGCGGUAGGAAUGCAAUAAUUGCGAACAGAGGACUCGUAGACGCGUCCAAGCGACAACGCCCGGCGUCUUCGAGGAACGAAAAGCGAGACGUCGCGGAUCGGCUUAAGAGAAACAACACGGACAAUUCAAGACGAGGAGACGGCGUCAACAAGGGAGUCAAUGCAAGGUGUACCAAGCGUUUCUCCAAGACGUUUACAACGAAACGAAGUUGUUGUCCGAAGGAUAUACCGAUGGUUAUGAAGACGGACAAAAAGCUCGGAAACGUGCUCGCCCCGAAGGUUCAGCAGGCGAGGAAACCAUGCUCCUAUUUGGAGCUUUAUCGUCGGAGAUUCAGUGGACCACAAUACAAGGUUCGAUCCCCAGAGGGUUCCACCUUGUCGGUCUGCGGCGACAGCGAACGAGAGGAGCUCAGUGACGACGAUACACGUUCAUUGGCAACCCCUAGGGACGAUCAAAGCGAACUGAGUUUUUAUCGGCGUAUAAUCGAGGGAUCUGCCGAUCCUACGGCCCUUGCCAACCGAUCCACUAAAACUGUGCGUGGAUCAGCGUUCCAAGACACGAACACUAUCUUCUGUAGCUCGAAAAUGGCUAAACACAACACGUCUGACGAUAAAUCGAAGACUCUCGGCUACAGGCCGUAUACCAUCGAGGAGUACAAGACUCUGUCGAUACCGAAGCUCGAUCGAUCUCUUGGGCCCGAUAAAGUUGAGAUGCAAGCGAAGAGAGAGUGGCUGAUGCGGCGAAGGUCAUACGGGAACUCAGUUAGCGCGCGAAAUCGCCAACGGAUACUGCUACGAGCGCACAGGAUCAAGACCAAGGAUACUACCGCUGAAAAAUGUUUCCUGCCUUUGAAGGAUCAGCAGAUCGAUGCAAAGAUACAGGAUGAUUCGAUGUCUUCGGCGAUAUUCGAGGAUCAAGAAAUUGCGCAAAAAGAUAGUGAUAUAGAUGGCGACAGGUAUUCAAAGAAGAACCGCGACGUUUGCAAGAAACCGUCAUCAAGGAGGUCGUGUAAGAAAUUCGAACGAACGUCGAGUUUCUGUUCGUCGUUAAAUUCGCACGACAUCAUUGAAGAUUCAUAUUUGGAAUCCCUAAGGCAACGUCAUCUUUACGAGAAGGAAAUGGUAGACCGUAUUAUAAACCAAACACUGUGCUCCUAACUAUAGGGAACACAACAUUGUGAAUAAUUUAGUUCCUCUUCCGAGAAAUUGUGAAUACGAGAUGUAUUGAAAUUGAAAAAUUUCACAUAAGCGUAUCUUUUCUUUAACUCAUUUAAUAGGAUGAAUGCCAGACCAUGGCAAGCAAUUUAACAAGGCUGAGAUAAUUGGAAUGGUAGAUAGAAAAGAAUUGGAAAGUAGAUACUAAUAAAUGAUAAAAGAGAUAAUUUUCUUUUUAUAAA